CUUAGUACUUGCGACUCCACCUUGAUAGGUGAAACGGCGUUUUCUGUGACUUCGUUCGGUGCAUUGGGAUAUUCGUUAAGAGAUACCCUUGCUUUGUUGGAGUUUUUCUUGGUCUCGGUCGGUCCGAUCACCUUGACGGACCGCACACUAUACCUCGAAUCCUCGCGUUGACGGCACUUUCGAUUCCCCCCGACAGGUCUUCCUGUUCGGUUAUUGAAUAUUUUUGAAAACAAAAAGAAAAAAACGAUUAGGAUAGCCAGAGAGCCCUGUGCUGUCUACCCUUCGGUUUCCAAUUUAAAUUUACUUCCUAUAUACUCGUCGCGAGUCAUCGCAUGACUACUACCCAGUAACCGCGAUAAUGCUCAUUGAUGGCGAGAAGUGGGCUUGUGAAGCUUGCGUCCGGGGUCACCGUGUCAGCAGCUGUCACCACAGUGACCGCCCCUUGACCCACAUCAACAAAAAAGGCCGUCCAGUCUCUCAAUGCGCUCACUGUCGCGGCCUACGCAAGUCACGGACAACCCACACAAAGUGCGAGUGUGGUGACAAGAAAAAGAACAGCCACAAGCAUGAUUUAGAUCCCCACCACGCCAAUGACAAGCGGGAUCACAAGCAGGACUCUCGUCCAAGAUGUGGCUGCACUCAUGGACAGCGCUGUACCUGUGCGCUGAAGAAGGAACCCCACCUAAAUACUGUGCCGGAAACUGGUCUUCCUCCGCCCCAGCAUACUAUUCUGUCGGAACCACCCAAGAAGCCCCAGUUGACCUCAACGAAGUCAGAAAGCACGCUUACGAUAUUCCGAGAUGGUCACCACAAACCGGCUCAUAAACACAAUGACAUGGCUCACAAGUGUGGUCUGCCUUACACGAUACCCCGGUCUCAUACGAUCCACUCGACCUCCGAUGUGUCUCGUCGGUCCGUCGAUCAGAUGCCCUUGACUCAAGCGGCCUUGAUGAACGAACCAUUUGCGACCCAACCAUUUCCGGAACAGCAGCCCACCCGCGGUCCUCAGCGUCGUGUCAAGUCCGAGCAUGGGUCUCCCGAGAGUGCCCCCGUCGUGUCAACGGAAGAUGUACCGACGACAGUCCCCCCACUCGACCUCUCGUCUUUCUUCCCUCAGCCUCAGCCUAUGAAUAAACCCACUGAGGCCGAGCCGGUGUCCCUUUCUAUGGGGAAGACGCCCCUAAAUCCACUCAUGACCAGUGUGCCUCCUCUUGAUGUCUCGCCCUUCUCUACUUUCCCAACCACGACCACAUCGCCUGUGAACACUAUGGCGUUCCAAGAUCCUUACAAAGAGCAGUUUUUCACAUCGCCGGACAACGAUAUGCCUUUGGGUCCUACUGGAUUCAAUGCACCCCCUGUCGAUUGGUCAAGCUUCCCUCUGUAUUCCUCAGAUGUUCCUGCCGCGACCAGCACACAAGCUCCCUCUUACGCUAGCUUCGACUACAACUCCAUGAGCCACGGCCUACCAGCUCCAUCGUCGUCUGGUGAUAUUUCUGAAGUGGAGGAUUUCGCACCAUUUUCCGGCUUUGGGAAUGCAGGAAAUGACCUUCAGGAUCUCGCCAGUGGGAGCGAAGGCUCAGAUCUCGAUCAUUUCCGCAUAAGUUCUGCGUCAUCGUUUAUUGGCCUUCCUCAGGCGCAACUCUUAUCGUCAAAUCAGCUGGACUCAAUCAACAUUGACGACUUCCUCAAGUCCGCCAAUGAGUCGACAGCAGCACUAGAGCAUCAACUCCAAGCCAAUAUGGGGAUGGAACCCAAGCCACUCCCGUCGCAGGACGCCUACGCCAUGUCGGACGCCCAGACCUUCAAACCAAUAAGCACCCCUACGACGAGCCUUCCGAUCACCACGUCUGCUGCAGAUCCCAUGUGGCCCGCGGCGCUCUUUGACCCCGCCGCCGCGUCGGUCGAUGACAACAAUUUCUACCCGCCGUCAUGGGUGCAGUAGUGCACUCGCGGGCAAGCGCAGGUUUUCUGGCUUUGUGGUCUGUUCGCGGCACGUUACCACCACCUCCACACCGUCUGAGUGACGACACCCACGUCUUCAUGACCAUGAUGAGAGAUGAUG